GAGAGAGCGGGGGAGAGAGAGAGAGAGAGCGAGCAGAGCCGCAGAGGGAGGUGAAGAAGGAGACAGUUCUUCUUGCGCCGCUCUGUGCGUAAAAUCUGCGCGUUUUCGCUUUUACGCACGGAGAAAAGUUGAAGCGAUGCAUAGAUUGUGACGGAGAUUUCCACUGAAAGCUCUCACUGAGUGAAUGAUUUUUUUUUUCCUGCCACGACUGACAGACGUGUUUAAUAACAGCCUCGGUCCACUGUUGUGUUCGCAGUCAGAGAGCGCGCGACGCUGACGUUUCUCUGAAACUUACGUCUCCGCGUAAAGACGGAACGGAGUCUUUAACUUAGUAGAGUAAUGAUUUAGGUUGAUAUCCAGAGGUUUUACACCCCGCGCUACUCUUCAGUCUUAAACCACAACAUGGAUCCUUUAUUCAAUUCAACCGAUGUGCCAAACUGGACCAGCAGCGUCAAUGACACUAAUAACGGGACCGAGUACGGGAAUCAGUUUGUCCAGCCGGUGUGGAGGAUCGUCCUCUGGGCCGUCGCGUACAGUGGUAUAGUCAUAGUGUCAGUGGUAGGUAACGUGACAGUCAUCUGGAUUAUUAUGGCACACAAACGCAUGAGGACCGUCACCAACUAUUUCCUGCUGAAUCUGGCGUUCGCCGAAGCCUCAAUGUCCGCCUUCAACACGGUCAUCAACUUCAUCUACGCCGUGCACAACGAGUGGUACUUCGGACUGGUCUACUGCCGCUUCCACAACUUCUUCCCCAUCGCAGCGGUUUUUGCGAGCAUCUACUCACUGACUGCCAUCGCCCUGGACAGGUACAUGGCCAUCAUCCACCCCCUGCAGCAGCGCAUGUCAUCCACAGAGACCAAAGUGGUGGUGGGUGUGAUCUGGGUCCUGGCUCUGCUCCUGGCCUUCCCUCAGUACUACUACUCCACCACGGACCAGCUGCCCGGGCGCGUGGUCUGCUACAUCGAGUGGCCUGAAUACACCGUGUGCAACUUCAAAAAGAUGUACUACGUGUGUGUGGCCAUCCUGAUCUACUUCCUUCCUCUGCUGGUGAUGGGUUGUGCUUAUCUGGUGGUGGGACUGACCCUGUGGGCGAGUGAGAUCCCCGGAGACUCCUCUGAUCGCUACAAGGAGCAGCUGACCGCCAAACGCAAGGUGGUGAAGAUGAUGAUUGUGGUGGUGUGUACGUUUGCCAUCUGCUGGCUGCCCUACCACGUUUACUUCUUGCUGCACGAGUUCUUUCCUGACAUGUCUGAAGAGAGGUUCAUCCAGCAGGUCUACCUGGCCAUCAUGUGGUUGGCCAUGAGCUCCACCAUGUACAACCCCAUCAUCUACUGCUGCCUCAACGACAGGUUUCGUGCUGGUUUUAAACAAGCCUUCCACUAUUGCCCCUGUGUCCCUCGAGGCUCUUAUGAAGGCCUGGAGCUGAAGUCCACUCGGUACCUUCAGACCCAGACCAGCGUCUACAAGGCCAGCCGGAUGGAGACCACCGUGUCUACGGUUCUACAGGUUGGAGAUGACAUGGAGCAGGCCAAGGUCAAGGCGGCAGUGGGUCCAGGGAUCUGCGGAGCAGCGGUCGGGGCCAGGCCACAUAGCUCUUCCCUGGACCUGACUUCGAAUGGGUCAUCGUCCAGGAGCGUCUCCAAAACAGUGUCCGAGACGUCCAGUUUCUACUCCAGUAACAACCUGCAGGACUAGACCUCACACACUCACACAGGAGGUGACGCAAAUUUGACGCACAACAAGUUCACAUACAACGUCAACGGACGGCAGAAAAGUAUCGCUGGAAGUGCUUCACAUCCAUACAGAGCUCCCGAAGUAAAGAGAGAAACUUACAGCGUUGUUUCCGGCUCCAGAUGGUGUUGUGAAAUCACACAACACCAAAUUAUAAUCAUAAAAAUCACCCGUGAGCGGUUGCUUCACUCAAGUGCAGCUGCUGAGGAGACAUCAGAGUCCAGCAGAGCAAGUUUCAAACUCACGUGACUAAUAGUAAGAGUCUACAACUCUGUCCUCCCAACAUAUAUAGACACACAACCAUUUACUCCCACACUCACACCCAUGGUCAAUCUAGAGCCAUGGUUCUCAAACUGUGGUACGUAUACCACCAGUGGUACGCAAGCUCCCUGCAGUGGUACUUGAAGGAAAAUCAGAAAUAUUGUUCUACUGUUUAUACCAGGAUGUGUGACGCACUGGAGCUGAGGAACAUUUUUAAAAAUUAAAUAAUAAAAAUUAGAGUCACCUUAUCUCUUGCUCCAUCUUAAUUUAAUUUCACUAUACCAGUGUCUGAAGUAUAUUUGAGGAAGAGGAUGAUGAGCGAACAAAUGAUCUUAUCGGGAAUAAAUCUGCCUCCUGUGAAAAGUCUAUAGCUGACUUUGCUCCAAAAAAAGGAAAAGGAAACCCAAAAAUCCUGAGAAAACCAAGGCCAAAACCAGGAUUGAAACUGGUGAUCUUCUAACAGUCUAACAGAGGCUCACCAUGUGGCCCAUUACAAAAAUGUGUGUACAGGUCAGAGCGAGGGAAAUAUACCAAUAUCUUCAAAGGCAUACCAUAACAUAUCAUAUAAUAUUAAUUCAAACUUGAUUUUUGGAAAAAGUGACAGUCCUAAUAAGUAGCCUUGAACUGGUUUGUCAUGCCACAGCUUUAACAUUUUAGUUAUUUAUUUUCCCGGGUUUUAAAUUGAAUAUUGACUGUCAGACUGUUAUUUUAAUUUGUAAUGCAAACUCUUAAGGGUGGGACUCACACAUAGACAUUGCUUUAAUUGAAACUUGAUGGUGGACAUUAGCAGAGCAUUAUCUGUCAUGGUCAACAUUGUUGCAUGCGACGCUGGCGACGGGGUAAACAGUCUUGUCCACGAGCUCUGUUUGAACAGUGUAAUAUUUGAGUUUAAACACAUACACAUCGUUUUACUGGCCUCUUGGAAAGUUGAACAUUUCUCAACUUCUGCCACAUGCAGGGUAAGCAAAUGAUACAGCCCAAUUCAGUAUGAUCACAGCAAUCAGUAGCCUGUGGUGCAUCAGCGGUAUUUUCUACUAGCUGUGCUAGUGAUUAAUAGGGGCAGCUACCUGAAGCAUUUUUUUUCAACAAUCAAACACACAAAGGACAAUGUAAAACUGCUACUUAUGUAUGUAUAUUGACCAAGAACUGUACAGCUGCUUAUUAUAAUUCUGAGAUGACCCAUUCCUGUUUUCAGUCCCAUCUACUUGAUGAUAGGUUGAUGUCAGAAACAGCCUUCAGCAGACACAUCGCCUCAAAAUGUCAGAGGUCUGGAGCCGAGUUAAACAGAUCUCUGUGUUCCUCCAUUAUACUGAACACAAAAAAAAACUCUAAUUGAUUUUACUUUAAUUCCAAAGACAACGUCUUGCUGCUAGAAACACUCACACACUCACACACUCAGAUGCUGGAAACACCAUAUAUUCCGAUCCGGCCAAGGCAUAAGUGAACUAAGCAGUGGUGUGUGCAGAAAAAAGUGUCACCACACUCAGUGCGACACUUAUUUUUUUACGUUUCCAUUAGGAAUAGUACCAAAAUAAACGGCCCCAACGGUUUCAUUUUUCUGUACCCUUCCCUUGACGUACCAGAGUAAUGGUACGGUACAUUAUGGUUGGAGCUAGACCCAUAACAGUCAGCUAAUUGGUCGACAGAAAGGCGUCGCUCCCUUGCGACCAGUGUCUCUUCAAUGUCCACAGUCUAUAUUCUCAUACAAAGACGCCUUGUAGAAACAAACAGUCGAAACACGCAACCACACUCUACCAAACCGAACUGUACUAUGAUGGAAACACGAUUUAAUAGUCAAGCACUGGCUACUCCGAGGUAGUGGGAGGGAGCCUCCCCAAAAACAAAUUCAGCUUAGGGGCCCAUAAAGGCUUGGGCCGGCCCUGCAAAUAUGUAUCAGUUAACAGUUAAGUACAACUUUUACACUUAUUUACACAUUAGUAGAAUGAAUAAUUAAUCUAUAUACCCCCAAAGUUACAGCUAAUAUAUUUACAUUUUUUUGUUCCCUUUAAAUACUGUUAAGCUGAAAGAGAGCAUUUAAUUUUAAGUAUAAUGUGCUGGAAUAAUGUGAUGCUGCGAAAGUCCAUGAAAAAAAACACAUUUGAUUAUACAUGAGUAUUGUGUGGAUAGUUUUUCUGACAUAGCCAGGAAAGCCAGUCUGACCUCUGUAUUGUAUUGGUGUUGUGCUUGCUUCUAUCUCUAUCGUGCCUGCUUAUAUCUACAAGAGAAGUCGGCUUAAGAGACUUUUUUAAAUAUUUGUUUCUCCAAAAGUUCAAAACCAUGACAGUGAAUUUUAUGUGUUUUUCUCAAUGUGAGUUCUGCUCCAAGGUGACUGUGUACCUGUUACUGCCUCUGUUGUUACUGUUACUAUUCAGUGAGUGUUUUGAUCUGUGUUCUUUUGCCAAAAUUGAAUCAUCAAUUUUAUUGUCUUCUAAUAAAGGAAAACAGAAGUUAGAUUAUUCAAUCA